AUGGCUGAACAAACUUCAUCUGAAUCCAAAGAUGAUAUUGGAGAAAUUGCCCCCUUUGAUCCCACAAAGAAAAAGAAGAAGAAAAAGGUUGUAAUCCAAGAUAUUGCAGAGGAUGAUCGCUUAUCUGAGAAGAUAGAUAACCUAUCUCUUGCUGAUGGAGUAGAAAAUGCAUUUGUGGGUAUGAAAAAGAAGAAGAAAACACCCGUAAGUAUAACACAUUUGCAAACAAAGAAAAUGGCUAAUGAUGAAGAAGAUACAAACAACUCGCGACAAAAAUAUCCAUGGGAAGGAACUGACAGAGAUUAUUUAUAUGAGGAGCUUUUAAGUAGGGUUUUUCAUAUUUUGCGAGAAAACAACCCCGAACUCGCUGGAGAUAGACGAAGGACAGUGAUAAGACCCCCACAAGUUCUUCGAGAAGGCACAAAAAAGACCGUUUUUGUUAACUUUAUGGAUUUAUGUCGAACAAUGCAUAGACAGCCGGAUCAUGUGAUGACUUUCCUUCUGGCUGAAAUGGGAACAAGUGGUUCCCUUGAUGGUCAACAAAGAUUGGUAGUCAAGGGUCGAUUUGCUCCCAAGAAUUUUGAAGGAAUCCUUCGAAGAUACAUAAACGAAUAUGUGAUAUGCAAUGGGUGCAGAAGUCCAGAUACAAUUCUUUCAAAAGAGAAUCGUCUCUUCUUCCUUAGAUGUGAACAGUGUGGUUCUGGGAGGUCGGUGGCCCCCAUCAAGACCGGUUUUGUUGCACGAGUCGGCCGUAGGAAAGCUGGCUCCUAG